AUUUUUCAGAUUUAAAAAUAGCCCAGAGAUAAAAAAAACAAUUACAACAGCUCCUUUUAUUUGCUGACCACCGAUUAUUGCUCACAUCUUCACCAUAGGUCUAGCCGAGACUGCCGUUUUGGACAUAAUGGCUGCGAAUUUACAACAGCAGCGAGUAAUUAAUGAACAGCUUAGACGGGAAGUGGGGUUACCUCGUAUCCAGGUAUCCGAGGCCUGCUCUCUGAUGAUGAAGUAUAUGAUGGAGAACGAAACGGAGGAUUGUCUUUUGAGUGGUUUUACCAGCCCAAAGGUUAAUCCGUUCAGGGAGAAGAGCUCGUGCAGUAUACUAUAGAUCAGGAAGAUUCAGUGGUAAUGGAAACCCGUUCCUAUGCAGUAUUAGUAUCUAUUAUGUACCACUAUAUAAAUCGUAUUCUAUUUAUGUAUGUAUGUAUAUUGAUGUGACCUCAAUUAUGUCUAUAAACUGAGCCUGAAUUAUAUUACUGACAAACACUUAUAAGUUUGUCAACAAUUUGGAAACCGUCUAGCUAUGCUUAGCUAUAUAUGUAUUGAAACAAUU